AUGCUUUCGAGCCAGCAAAUCGUUGCUCUCACAGCUCUUGUCGGCUUAGCUCAAGCCAGUUGGUGGGAUGGGUUUUUGAACCCGAACGCGACAUCCAGUUCAUCUACAGCGCCGGCCGUUGUUUCUUCGAGCCAGGCGACUGACUUGGCCUCGGCUAGUAGUCAGAGCUCCGCCGUGGCCAGUACUGCGCCCGCAAUCCAACCGUAUAUUAGCUCCAGCUCCCAAGGUGCUCAAGCGACAUUAUCGCCGAUAAGCAGCGAAACCAGCUCCGAGGGCGGUCAAACGACAUUGUCGCCCACAAGCAGUGAUGUCAGUUCUGAAGACGGCUCUCAAAGCUUUCAAGCGUAUUUGUCUUCCAUCAUGCAAGCGACGCAAACGCAAGGAUCCUCCGCUUUUACCGUAUACCCAUCGUCCAGCAGCUAUUCGAGUCCUCAGGACACCACCACUCUCGCACCAACUUUUAGUGCGGAUUCCUUCACGUCGGCAACAUCCACUACUUCAGAUUGGAAUACUUUUAGCUCCUCCGAACAAUCUUUAACCCCAUCGUCCGAAAGCAAACUCGAAAGCCAAUUGUCUCAGUCAGCAAGUUUCUCUACCAGUGCGUGGGGUUUCUCUAACACACGUUCCACACCUGUUGAAAAAUCCUUUUCUUCUAGCUCAGCGCUGGCCUCCGAAUCAGCGACAUUGGCUACUCCUCAGAAUACAAUUUUGGAUUCAUCCGAAUCUCCAACUGCAUCGGAGCCGACUACUUCGGCCCCCAAGUGGACUAGUUCGGCUUCUCCUGAGUCGGUCACUUCGGCUGCUCCCGAUGCAACAAAGCCAAUUCUUUCCGAGUCUGCUAGUUCCACUGGGCCAAUUCCUUCUUCUGAGGCCUCAUGGCUUUCGUCGGAGCAAUACACUGCCACACAAAGGGAAGUAACAACCGCUUCUGCGACACCUAGCUCCGCAAAUGUUGCUGCGUCAUCUGUCGAAAUACAGUCUGAAGUACAAUCCGCGUCCUCUUUUGGGUCUUUUUCAGCAAGUGAGACCUCCAGCACCGAAGUUGAUUCCAGUACGGCCUUACAAGCCAAGUCAUCUCCACAAACUUCUACGUGGCCUGCUAGUACUGCGGUGUCAUUAAGUAUAGUCCCCACAAGCUCGUCAGAGUCUCAAGUUUCGUCUGCACUAAGCGUUACGAGUUCCUCAUUGACACCUGCUUCAGCUGCGCCUUCUUCCAGCGAGUUUUCCAUCGAGCAGUCAUCGUCUCAGUUUGAAGAUACUUCAAUUACCGGGGUCGACUGGAAUACUGUAUCUUAUCCUGCUUCUAGUUCGGCCGCUGAUGUGCCUUCGUCCACUCAAUAUUCAAGUCAGCAAGCCCAACCAACAUCUCAAUCACCCCUUUGGUCAAGUUCUGGAGCUCAGAAAACUUAUUCUUAUGUGCCUUCUACUAGUUCUAGCAGCUAUGACUCUUCCACCGCCGAAUCGUGGGCUUCAACACCUGCUUCUCAGAGUUCAGCAAGUGAUAUUAGUAAUUAUGCUGAAACCUGGCAGACCGCUAGCAGCUCUGCUAGUCCUUCUUCAUAUCUCCCCUCCUCAUCCAAUUACGCAGGCUCAACAAGCUCAUAUCCGUACCUCACCUCUUCGCAAAUAUAUGCGACGUCGUCAAGUGACAGCUACGAAAGCUUUCCGCCGACUUCGUCUUUGGCGUCAAGUGAAUACUCUACCCUAUCUUCCGAAGCGUCUCUGUUGUCAACUUCAUCUCAGAGCGCUUUUUCGGUCACACCAUCAGCGUCUUCUGAAAGCUCUUUCACAAGCACAGUACCCGCGCCUUCGUCAUUGUCAGCUUCCUCUUUUGUGACUGAUGACUUUUCAAGAUCAUCUAGCAGUCUCCCAACUUCUAGUUCCGCGGCAACUCAGAGUACUACCUCUUUGAUGGUAUCUUCCUCUCAAUCUACCAGUGACUCCACUAGUAUUGCUUCAGUUUCCUCCUUCCCAGAAAGUUCUGUGUCCACCCCAGCUCCUUCUAGUUUGGUAACUGUUUCAAGUUAUGCAAGCGAAAACGCCACCAGCUCUGCACUUAUCGCGAGUCUAUCGAGCUCUCCCUCGGCAUCUAUCACGUCAACCGCUGAGAGCUCCGAAUUUUCUUCAGCUUUGUUCACAAGCAGCUACAACCAGACAGAUACAGGGUCCUUGGCUUCUUCUGCCAGCACUGAAUCUGUCUCAGAGAGCUUAUUUUCCGCUACAGUGAGUGCAACCUCAUCGUUCGAGAGUUCGGUUUCUACGCCUAUCGCAAUUCCAAGUUCGGCAACAUCUGCGUUGACUACAGGGGCACCAGAGCAGGUAACGUCUUCUGAAGUUGCGCAAAAUUCUUCGUCAUUAGGAUCGUCAUACACUUCUUCAACUUCGAACUGGCUUCCUACGGCAAUUAUCACGGCUGGCGGUGAUACACAGUCGACUGGAUCCGGAGCAGCGGCAUCGGGUGGACAACAAGCCACUCAGACCCUGCCGCAAGCGAUUGCAGCGGCAACUGCCGUCAGUCAACCGAAGGACUACACGCUCAUUACCAUCGGUUUCAAGCAAGAGCUCAAUUACCCUUUUGUGGUAAAAAACUCCUUAACCAGUGCUCAGAUUUUCGCUUACCUACCUGGUGUUCUCAAUUUGCCGUUUGAAGAUUCGUUCGAUCAAAUCCAGGUCGUCCAAUUAAGUCCUCUGAACGUGAAGGGUAGGAGCUACCUCAGUACUGUUGCCGAAGUGUACUUCCCGUCAUCAGAGGUGGACGCUCUGCAAGAGCUCGUUCAAAAUAGUGAGAGUAAGCUGUACCUGAGCGCUAAUAGCGCCUUGGCUGGUUUAAUCGAUACUACAAUUCCGCUCACGGGACUCGUUCAGAGUUCCGAUGGCUCAUCGGACGACACCAGCUCUCAAAGCAGCACGUCGCAAAGCAAUUCAGAAGGAAACACGGACUCGACCGGUGGUUCCCGCGGUCGUAUUGCGGGAACCCUGGACGUUACUUACAACGCUUCUGCUAGUUCAAAGGGUCAACCAGGAAACAAUGGAAAAUUGGUUGGUUUGAUCAUCGGUGUCGUCGUAGGUGCAAUUGUGUACCUUGCCUUUAUGGUUGUUGGCUACAGAUUUUUCGUUUUGAAACGUAAACAGCAGGCCCACUCCAAUGAUUUGGGUGACGGUCAAUCUCUUGGCUCUAGUACGGACCACGGAUCUUAUCUUUAUGAUGAAAAGGAAAAUGGUGACCAGGUAUCUUUGUCCCCAAGUAUGCGAAUCAACAAUUGGAUGAGACACAACCACUAUGAGUAUUCUGGAGAAGGACAACAAAACCUGGGCGAGCAACAUUCGUCGCAACCAAAAAUUUCAAGACCUAUCGCAACGGAGAAUUCCCUUGGAUGGAAUGACGUGUAA